GUUUUUCUCCAGGAUCAGAUCGGUCUCUGGUCUGCUGCGACUGCACUGUUGCUUUUGCCGUGACGGCGCGCGGACACGCAUAUCGGUGUCUGCGAUGGAUUAAAAAAAAUAAAACGGGUUAAAGUUUUUUUUUUUGUCCUAUUUGAUAAGAAAAGGUUAUCUUGAACUUGAAAGGAGAAACGGAGAGAAAUGGCAAGUCCUCCGGCGACGGGGGGACACCUGUUAUCCAAUGGGACGAACGGUGUGAAGAAGUGCGGAUACCUGAGGAAGCAGAAACACGGACACAGGCGCUUCUUCGUGCUCCGGGAGCCCAUCGAGCGCUGCCCUGCCCGGCUGGAGUAUUAUGAAAGCGAGAAGAAAUGGAGGAACAAGUCCGCGGCGAAAAGGGUCAUAACUUUGGACUCCUGUCUGUGCGUAAACAAACGCGCAGACGCCAAACACAAGCACCUCAUCGCCCUCUACACCAAGGACGAGUACUUCGCUGUGGCUGCGGACAACGAGCAGGAGCAGGAGAGCUGGUACACGGUUUUGACUGAUCUAAUAGCCGAGGGGAAAGUGUACGACAGCCCAGCUUCCACCUCGUCUUUAGUGGGCUUUGAGGAAGCCAGCUACGGACUCAUAUCUCCUGCAAUAGCUGCCUAUAAGGAGGUAUGGCAGGUCAACUUGAAAUCCAAAGGCUUGGGUCAGAUCAAGAACCUCACUGGAGUGUACAGACUGUGUUUGUCCAGCCGCACCAUCAGCUUUGUCAAACUGAACUCAGAAACAGCUGCUGUCAGCUUACAGCUCAUGAACAUCAGGAGGUGUGGACACUCAGACAGCUUCUUUUUUAUAGAGGUGGGUCGCUCAGCGGUCACCGGGCCUGGGGAGUUCUGGAUGCAGGUGGAGGACUCUGUGGUGGCGCAGAACAUCCACGAGACCAUCCUCGAGGCCAUGAAGGCCAUGAAGGAGCUGUCAGAGUUCAGGCCGAGGAGCAAGAGCCAGUCAGCCAGCACUAACCCCAUCUCUGUGCCCACACGACGCAACCUCAACAACCUCCCCCCCAGUCAGACCGGCCUGGUGAGGAGAUCCAGGACUGAUAGCAUGGCAGCAACGUCCCCAGGGAGGAAGUUCACGUCCUGUCGGAUAAGAACAGCGAGCGAGGGGGACGGAAGCGUGACCCGCCCUGUGUCCAUGUCCAUAUCUGUGAGUGGGAGUCCCACCAGCCCGAACUCUGCGAACCACCUCAUCAGGUCUCACACACUCAGCAGCGGGCGCACCUGCAGGAUGCUGGAGUCCGCCUCCAACCUGCAUCACAGCCGCUCCAUGCCCGUAUCCAACUCCCCACCUGGCACCUCCAGUCCCAUCAGCAUGUCCCCCAGAGGGGGGGCUGGUGUCUGCACUCCUGACAAAGCCAGGCGGCCUUUCAGCUGCAGCGCCUCCAUCUCUGGCUCCCUCAGUGACACUGGCUUCAUGCUGUGUGACGAUUACAGCUCCAGCCCAGGGGAGCUCAGAUACCUCCCCCUGACCCGCAGCGACACCCCUGACUCUCUGUCCAGCACGCCUCCAUCCCGUGACAUCAGCGACCCUUGUGGCUACAUGAUAAUGGAGGGGGCGAAUGGGAGCAGGUCUGGUGGCGAGGGGCUUGCGUAUGACAAGGCUUACAGGAAGCGGACGCACUCCCUAACCACACCGCGUCAACAGAGAGUAGUGGCGCCGCUGUCCUCAGCCUCCCUGGAUGAGUACACACUCAUGAGGAUGGCACAUGGUCACAACUCCCACUCCGCCUCCCCCAAAGUGAGCUACCCUGAGGAUUACGGCGACAUCGAAAUCGGUUCAUCCAGGAGCUCCAGCAGCAACCUCGCCGAUGAUGGCUACAUGCCAAUGACGCCAGGUGUAGCUGCCCAGUCUGGCAAGGUAGACAACUACGUGCCCAUGAGCCCCAUGUGCGUCUCAGCGCCGAAGCAGAUUGUGAACCCCAGGGUGCAUCCUCAGGCGGCUGCCAGCGGCGGAUACAAGACCAACUCCCCCUGCAGCAGCUCUCUGGAGGACAACGGCUACAUGAGGAUGUGGUGCGGCUCCAAAUCCUCCAUGGAAAGCCCGGACAGGAAUGGCGAAUACAUGAACAUGUCACCUGGAAACCCACCUCCACUCCAGACCCCCCCUGACUACUACAUGGGCCUGCUGGCUGGUGAAGCUCCACCAGUGAGGUCAGCGUACCAGGCCGGCUCCCUCACGCUGCCUGCGAAACUUCAAGCCUCCAAGACUGAGGAGAGCAGCCAGUACGUGUUGAUGAGCCCUCAGAGUUUGAGGCAGAGGGCGGGGGAGUCGGACUAUUACUCUGUGAUGCAGCCCAGUGCGGCUCAGACCUCACCGCUGAGCCCCUCCGUCCCAUCUCCAGUCAGACACAACCGGGCGGAGACCCUCCCCUACAGAGGGAGGCUCGGCCGACCAAACAGGCUCUCCCUGGACACCCUGAGGACCCUGCCCAGCAUGAAUGAGCACCCCCUCCCCGGAGAACCCAGAAGCCCCGGGGAAUACAUCAACAUUGACUUCAGCGGCACCAGAUUCUCCCCACCCUCCACUGUAUCCACAGAGAGCCGGUCCUCAUCACUGGGCUCCAGCAGCGGGGGCCCUGGGAGGUCCUCUCUGACAGACUACAUGAACUUAGAGCUGGGCUCGCACUCGCCAAAGGAGGCUGACACUCCCGCUGAGCGCUUGGACACACUCCCAGAGUUAUCCAUGUGCUCAGAGGAGGACAGAGUGUACCAUCUGGACGGUGAGAAAGGGUCUCAGGGCCUCGGUGAUGAGGUGAAAAAUGACUACACUGAGAUGACGUUUGGGAUGACCAGCUCGCCCCCACAGCUUGUUCCUCAAAACACUGCAAGCAGCCAGAGCAGCAGGGAGAGGAGACUCUCUUUGGAGGACCAGGGAGUCCCAGAAACCAUUGGGGUCUUCCUGCUCGGAGCCACAUCCUCCACACUUGACCCCGACUGCUCCGCCAAGGUGAUCCGCGCCAAUCCGCAGGGACGUCGGCGCCACAGCUCUGAGACCUUCUCCUCCACUGCCACUGUGACGCCGGUCUUCCCCUCCUUCGCCCGGGGGGACGCUGUAAAGAGGCACAGCUCGGUGGAGAACAUCUCAUCCCGGAGCAGCGAGGGCUCAGACGAGGAGUACAGCGGCAGCCCCGUGAACCGGCAGAGCUCGACCGCCUACCCCAACGGUCUGAACUACAUUGCCUUGAACCUGCUGGACAAAAGGGACAUGGAGAAAUGCGAGGACCUGGCUGGCUUCAAACCCACCAGCAGCUGCAAAGGGGGUAUCAAUGGAUUACACAGCUCACCAUAUGUCUGUUUGGGAUUCAAGGAGGCUGCAACCACUGCCAAAGACUGAAGGACUCCUGUAUUGUCUGACUUGGCGUCUUCACCGACCUGCUGCUCGACAAAAAAAAACAAAAAACUUUGCCCUUCCACUGGGCUCUGUGGCCCUAAAAGACUGUCUGGACCCCCAGCAACACUCACACACACUUAGCAAACAAGCGGGUCACCAUCUAUGCAUGUCAUGAAUUUGCUGAAGGCAGGACAGGUGUGUUUGUGUGUGCGUGGGUGGAUGUGUGUGUUGUGUGUUGGUGCGCGUCAUGUUCCCCUGCGCUUUCAGAGGCCAUUUCUCCUGUGACCCACAUUUCGGCGCAAGCACAGAAGCGAUAAUAACAAAAUAUUAAAGGUACCCAGAUGCUAUUUAUUUACUUGAGGGUAGUUUCAGGACUGCCUGUGUGAGUGCGAGUGUGUGUCUGAGACAAAGUACGACCAACCAGUGUGACAGCGAACAAUGAAACCUGCUAUAGAAAUGGCCCAGGGAGUGAGGAUACCAAGGUACACUGAGUAUAUAAAUAUAUUUAGAUUAGAUAUGUUAUUUAUUUUUGGAAGAUGAAUGUCUGAUAAGACCGACCCAAUGCCUUAAUGUCUAUAUUGUCCUUAUGUUUUCUAUGAAAUAAGAGAUAAAUAUUCUAUUACGGUAUGUCUGUUUGGACCUACAUCUCUAUAUUGUUAUUCUGUCGUGGAAAGUAAAUAGCCUAGCUUAUUAUUAAAAAUGUUAUUUCAGAAAUGUACAGUACCGUGGGGCUGCUUGAGAUCUGAUUUAUCGUAUUGAUAUUAAAGUAUUUUCUUAAUUACUAAUUUCUUAUUUAUUCUAACCUAGUUUAUUUUUUUGUCCAAUCAAAGCGCUGGACUUAUAGAAAUAUAUUUCUAAAUGUCUUUAAGAGUUAUGCAUGUCUUUAUAACUCAGCUCAGACCCCACAACACCAGGCAUCUGAAUGCACUGUACCUCCCACAGUUCCUCAGUCACUUGAGCCUGAAAACCUCACACACUCCUACCUUCAAACCUAUGGCCUGCCGAUGAGCGCGACACAGGCCGCCCUGCUGUGAUAUCGUUUGACGGUACAACUGUAUAGUUGAGGUGACGAUUGGAGGGGUGGAGCCGAUUUUUUUUUUUUUUUUUUAAAGUCAAAGUUGGGGCACAGUCGAGACGGUUUCUGGUCAAACAGUGAGGGCUGAAGUAAAGGGGGAAAGGGGGGCGCUAGUGUCAGCAAUACUGGACAAUCAGUAAGGGAAGGAGAGCUGUGCAACACUAAAAAAAAAAUACAAGAAAAGAGGCCAAAAGCCACAUCUGGCACCAUUAUGGAGUGCUCACUGGAGAACUAGCUGUCUGGAAAAUGUAUAUGGCAGACAGCACAAAAAGCUCUGGCAGAAGAAGAGCAUUAUGUAAUGAUACAAGUUAAAGCAAGACUAUUUAACUAUUUAACAAAGUGGCAACUGUGUGACGGGAUAAUGCUAAAUGCUAAAAUAUAUAGCACAAGUAGAGAAAAUCAUUCAGUCUGGCUAAAUUCUGUUGAACAGCAGAAGUGUGGAUGUAAUGUUUGCUAACAUUAGCCACCAUGUACUGUAGUCUGAUAUUAGCUACCAUUAGCUACUGGCUGACAUUAGCAACCAUUAGUUACAGGUUGACAUUACUUACUAUUGACUGGCUAAAAAUGAGCUACCAUUAGCGACUGGCUGAAAUUAGCUACCAUUAGUGGUUAGCUGGCAUUAGCUACCAUCAGUAUUUCAUCAUUUAAAAGUUACAUUUCCUAUUUUCAGAAUGAGGCUAGGGUAAAUGUUGCUGAACAGCAGUCACUGUGGCUACCAGUAGCAAUUUCAGGAUAAUGCUAAAUGUAUAUGAAUUUAAAAAAACUAAGCAAACUGACUCUGUAAUUUUAGCUAACAUUAGCUACCACAAGCUAACAUAAACUGGUGGUCAUACCAAGGCUGUAGAAAAGGUGUUUUACUGCUGAUAAAUUCGCCUUUCUUUUAUUGUUAGGGGAAUAAUGUGUUAUUUCCUUCUUUAAAGUGUUACAUAGUCUUGUUUUGAUCAGGAAAUAAAACACAGCAAAGCAAAACAAUGGUAAACAUUGUCUGAAAGCCCUCCAUGCUAUCCCGACUGUGUGGUCUUUGCGUUGUCCACUGUGCCAACUCCAACUGGCUCACAACCCCUUUAGUGUACAGUAGAUUGUAACACUUAAAACCAUGUCUGAAUGUAUCGCUGGUGGAAACACCACACAAACAUAACGUGGGAAAUGGUUUUGACAGAGCUGAAUAACAUUGGAGCUGUACCACGCUAAAUUGUGGUAUCUAUUUAUCUUCAGAGUCUUGAAUGUGUAUAUUGUGUACAUAGAGAGAGUUUAACUAAAAAUCUAUUGAACAUAACUAGAGUACUUAGAUUUUACCUAUGUUGCAAUGAUAUUCCUAUGUAAAGACUUUGGCUACAGAUUUUUAAAAAGGGGACGGGUUUUUUGCUUUGAGGUUGUACAGUGAAUUGUAUGCUUUCUCCCACAUGGUCUCUGUGACUAUAUGAAAAAAAAUGCUCUGUCUAUUUUAUUAUAGAAAUCUCUUUGCCUUGUUGACACACUUUACCUAAUGGCAUAUGCAAUAGUGACAUGAAUACGAUCUAGUUUACAACCGUGGAACCAAAUGUAACAUUGCAUCGAUGAUUUAUUUUCUCUUUUGUGGCGAGCAGAAGCUGUUUUGCUCCUUGUACAUUUCUCUCUCUGCCAAGUGUAUUUUGUUUUUGUCGCUGGGAACUUUGUUCUUGACAUGUCUCAAAGCGCUUUCCCCAUUUUCUGUGUCCAUGGACGGACUCUUCUUUUACAGAUUGAUCUCAGAGUGACUCAGUCUGAAUGUGUCGUCGUCUUCCAUUGUACAUAAUUCAAUAUACUGUUUAUUGUGAUGCUCACAAGAGAUGAUUAUAAUGAUUUAUAAAUUCUGGUAGUCAAGUAUUGCUUUUGUCUGUAUUGAUUAUGGAUAGCAACCUACAGAAAUAAAUGAAUUUAUUUAAAGAGGUA